GAAUGCGAAGAAACAGCGCCUGUAUUUCCUUAUUGGAAAUAUGAUCGAUUUGCGCUUGAAUCUAUGCUUGAGGACGAAUGUUUAUCGGAAUUUCGAGUUUCGAAGACGGACAUACCACGACUCGUUCGAGUUCUCCAAAUUCCAGAUGAUAUAAUAUGUGAAAAUGGCACUAAAGCGUGUGCACUGGAAGGAUUGUGUAUCCUCCUGAAACGUUUUGCAUAUCCUUGUCGUUACAGUGAUCUCAUACCAAGAUUCGGCAGGUCAAAACCUGAACUUUGCCUCAUUUGCAACGAGGUAAUGAGAUUUGUUGUUGGCUCUCAUGGCUACCUCCUAACAUCUUUUGACCAAGAGCGGCUGCGAGCAAACAAAUUGCAAGAAUAUGCCAGUGCUGUUUAUGAGAAAAAUCAUGCUUUGGGAAAUUGUUGGGGCUUUGUUGACGGUACAGUAAGGGCUUUCUGCAGACCAGAGAAAAAUCAGAAGACAGUCUACAAUGGACAUAAAAGGGUCCAUGCUUUGAAAUACCAAUCUGUUAUAGCAGCAAAUGGUCUCAUAGCCAACCUCUUUGGGCCAAUAG